AUGGACCAUGUUCCGUCGGUUGGAAGAUCUGGAGGGGUGGUGAGCAUCUGGGAUCCUAGCGUUUUAAAGGUACACGAUUCUAUUAAACAUUCCAAUUUUCUGUUAACGUUGGGAGUGUUGAAGGGUAGCAAUAAGGCGAUAAAUAUUAUCAAUGUUUAUGCUCCUCAAAAAGUCCCUCUUGAAAAGGCUUUAUGGGAUGAAAUUGGGUCGGUUAUGGGUAAUUACACGGGGCGGAGGGUUAUUUUGGGUGAUUUUAAUACGGUCCGAUGGAAGGAGGAAAGAAGGAACUCUAAUUUUAACAAUAAUUGUGCGUUAAACUUUAAUAAUUUUAUUUAUGACAACGGGUUAAGGGAAUAUGACAUGAAAGGGAGGAGAUUUACGUAUCUUAAUGAUAAUGGUAAUAAACAAAGUAAUAUCGAUCGUGUUUUGGUUAGUCAAGAUUUUUUUUCUGAUUGUCCGGUGGCUUGCCUGAGGGCUUUACCAAGGGUUCACUCGGAUCAUUGUCCAAUUAUUCUGGUCUGUGCGGACAAAAACUUCGGCCCCAAACCUUUCAGAAUAUUCAAUUCUUGGUUGGAGAUUAAAGAUUUUGAUGGUGUGGUUAAUAAGGAGAUUGUUAAUAUGGGGGGUGGGGGAGGGGACGCAGAUGUGGCGCUUAUGAAGAAAUUUAGAGCGAUCGGGGAGGAGGAGGAAUGGGCCAAAGCAGAAUGCUUGAAAUAUAUUAAGGAGUUGGAAGAGUAUAAAGUCAAAGAUCUCAAGCAAAUAGCAAGCGUUAAGUCGGAUAUGGAAGGGGACGAAAACUCGGCUUUCUUUCAUGGGUACAUCAAUAGUAGAAGGGCUUGUAACAAUAUUCCGGGCUGA